AUGAAGCUAAUAUUUCUUGCAAUGUUCCUACUGAUCAUUUCAGGUGCUCAAGCCAUAUCAAAUGAAGAUGAAGAUUUCAAUAUGAAGUUCACUUCAGAAAACAGAAGCAUUAUCCAAAGCAAAGAACAAGCACGCAAUCUUCUUGGAAACUUGUACGGAAAUGGUAACAUAGGAGUAUCUACAAGGCUUGUAGAAAGUAAUAAUGAACACAAACAUGAACUAUCUGUUACUAUAAGAAAGGGAGGAGGAGGGGGAAGGGGAGGGGGACGAGGAAGGGGAGGAGGAAGCAGGGGAAGAUUCUUCGGAGGUAGGGCAGGUGGUGCUGCGGCCACUGGAGUUGUUGGCGCUGGAGUAGGCGCUGGAGUUGCUGGCAGUGAAAGCGCCAAUCAUGGGAAUCACCACUCUAAAAGUUCCGCAACAUCAUUAAUGGAAGUGUCUUGCUUUUCUGUCUCAAUAUUUAUUUUAUGUGUGAGCUUUUUGCUUUAA